CUUCCAAGUUCGCAUCGCUCUUCAUACUGGCGCUUCUUCGCUCAAGCGCAUUUUGUGCUCCGGAGUCCCGAACUUUCAUUGGAGGUCUGAUUGACUCGUUGUUCAGGAUGCUGCCGUCACUAGCGGUGCGGGCGCGAUCGGCCUGGAAAGGUCCGUUUUUCGUCGCCUUUCCGAACCUGCAAGAAGCAUUUAAGAACAACACACCGAUCAGGACAAACGCCAGAGCUUGCACCAUCCUGCCGAAUUUCGUUGGCCUCAAGUUCCUCGUACACAACGGCAAGCACCACAUCCCCGUCUCGAUCACAGAAGAGAUGGUUGGGCACAAGCUUGGUGAAUUUGCGCCGACGCGGAAGCGAUUCAGCUACAGGCAAACGAAGAACAAAUAAAUUCAAGCGCUUCCUCUGGCUACUCUCUUGCUGGCCCUCCCGGCAUCGUCUCGCGCGUCCUCGUGUCCGAGGAAUUGCUGGUGUUGUCGAUGGUCAUGCGUUCGCCAGUUUGACCUCACAUCUAUGAAGUUAGUUGUAUUCUUUCCACUGUCUCCAACUGUAUCAUACGGGAACUCCAUCUGG